GCCGGCCGAAGUGCCGUGGGCGGCGCCAUGGUGAGGGAGUUCUGCCUGGAGAAUCGGAAUUCUGGUUCUCCAGGCUGGCCUGACCGGGUUCAGGUCUUUCCCGUGGCGGCUCCCAAACCCUGCCUUCGGGGUCCAGGCUUGGCUAAGGGCACCCGAGGCUGCCUCAGCGGGGAAGACCACCCGGAAGAGCUCUUUUGAGAAAACCUUGCGCUGUCCGUUCUGGGUUGCUCGAGAAAGUGGGAGAUUGGACAGCGCUGAAUGGGGCGCCGUCGGGUUGAGAGAUGGCUUCUUUGCAGCGGACGGGACUGCAGGCAAGGAUUCUCAGCUCGGAAGAAGAGGAGAAACUGAAAAGAGACCAAGUUCUGGUGUCCGAGUUUAAACAGCAAAAACUGGAAAAAGAGGCGCAGAAGAACUGGGACCUUUUUUACAAAAGAAAUAGUACUAAUUUCUUCAAAGACAGACACUGGACCACCAGAGAGUUUGAGGAGCUGAGAUCCUGUAGGGAGUUUGAAGGUCAAAAAUUGACUGUCCUUGAAGCCGGCUGUGGCGUUGGAAACUGCUUAUUCCCACUUUUAGAAGAGGAUCUGAAUAUCUUUGCCUAUGCCUGUGAUUUUUCUCCGAGAGCGGUUGAGUAUGUUAAGCAAAACCCUUUGUAUGACCCAGAAAGGUGCCGGGUGUUCCAGUGCGAUCUGACUGCAGAUGACCUUCUGGGCCACGUGCCCCCCGAGUCUGUGGAUGCGGUCCUGUUGGUCUUUGUGCUCUCAGCUGUGCACCCCGAGAAGAUGCACCUUGUUUUACAAAACCUCUACAAGGUAUUAAAGCCAGGCAAAAGUGUCUUGUUUCGUGACUAUGGGCUGUACGAUCACGCCAUGCUUAGGUUUAAAGCUGGCAGCAAACUUGGAGAAAACUUUUAUGUCCGACAAGAUGGAACCAGGUCGUACUUUUUUACUAAAGAAUUCCUAGCUCGGCUCUUCGCAGACACAGGUUAUGAAGAAGUGGUGAACGAGUACGUGCUUCGAGAGACAGUGAAUAAAAAAGAAGGCCUGUGUGUGCCAAGGGUCUUCCUCCAGAGCAAAUUCCAGAAGUCUCUGAAGAACCCGAAUCGUGCCACCCUGGGCCUGGGACACCAGGUUGGCAGUUGUGCCUCCCCCUUGACAAGGAGAGUUUAAGAUAACUCAUCAGGGGCCAGUGCCGUGGCGCUAUGGGUUAAAGCCACCGCCUGCAGUGCCAGCAUCCCAUGUGGGUGCUGGUUCAAGUCUCAGCUGCUCCACUUCGAUCCAGCUCUCUGCUAUGGCCUGUGAAAGCAGUAGAAGAAGGUCCAAGUGCUUGGGCCCCUGCACCCAUGUGGGAGACCCAGAAGAGGCUCCAGGCUCCUGGUUUUGGAUUGUUGUGGCCAACUGGGAAGUGAACCAGCGGAUGGAAGAACUCUCUCUCUCUGUGCCUCUGCCUCUAUGUAACACUUUCAAAUAAAUAAAUCUUUUUUUAAAAAAGA